AUGGCUCGCCGAGAGCUCAUCAAGAAUGCCAAACCCUUCUCCCACUUUCUCACCGAUACUUUCAACCGGCAGCAUGACUACCUCCGUAUCUCACUAACGGAGAAGUGUAACCUUCGGUGCGUCUACUGCAUGCCCGAAGAGGGCGUGCCUCUGUCUCCGCCGAAGGAGCUUUUGACUACCCCGGAGAUCGUCUUACUCUCCUCGGUCUUCGUCUCUCAGGGUGUGACGAAGAUUCGGCUGACAGGAGGCGAGCCGACUGUUCGGCGGGACAUUCUACCGUUGAUGCAACAAAUCGGAGCUCUUCGAUCCCAUGGCCUUCGGGAGCUUUGCAUUACCACCAAUGGCAUCUCACUCCAUCGAAAGCUGGAGGGCAUGGUUGAAGCUGGUCUGACAGGGGUCAACCUCAGCCUGGACACCCUAGACCCAUGGCAAUUCCAGAUCAUGACGCGGCGGAAGGGUUUUGAUGCCGUGCAGAAGAGUAUCAACAGGAUUUUCGAUCUCAAUAAGGCCGGUGCUGGUAUCAAGUUCAAGAUCAAUAAUGUCGUCAUGCGAGGAAUCAACGACCGGGAGAUCAUCGACUUCGUGGAGAUGACCCGUGAAAAGAACGUAGAGGUCCGGUUCAUUGAGUACAUGCCCUUUGACGGCAACAAAUGGAAUCAAGGCAAGAUGUUCACGUACCAAGAGAUGUUAGACCGCAUUCGCGAGAAAUAUCCUACUCUGGAAAAGGUUCGAGACCACAAGAAUGAUACGAGCAAGACGUGGCACAUCCCUGGCUUUGCUGGACGAGUUGGAUUUGUCACCAGCAUGACGCAUAACUUCUGCGGAACCUGCAACCGCCUCCGAAUCACCAAUGACGGAAACCUCAAGGUCUGCCUUUUCGGUAACGCGGAGGUCUCUCUGCGGGAUAUUCUUCGCAAAACUAAUGACGACGAGCCUAUCGACGAAGAGGCCUACCAGAGGAUGAAGCAAAUACUGCUAGACCAGAGGCAAGCGCUCCCUACUUCUGACAAGCCACUCAUGCUGGCACCGAACUCAGAAGAGCUGCUGGAUGUGAUUGGCAUGGCGGUGAAACGGAAGAAAGAAAAGCAUGCAGGUAUAGGGGAGCUGGAGCACAUGAAGAACCGACCCAUGAUUUUGAUAGGUGGGUAG